AUGGAGGGAGAAAGGGCGCGGAUCGAGGAGCUGGAAGAGGAGCUGGAUGCCGAGCGGACGGCGCGAGCGAAGAUCGAGAAGCAGCGGUCGGAGCUGUCGCGGGAGCUGGAGGAGAUCAGCGAGAGGCUGGAGGAGGCCGGAGGGGCCACGUCGGCCCAGGUGGAGAUGAACAAGAAGCGAGAGGCCGAGUUCCUCAAGCUGCGCCGGGACUUCGAGGAGGCGACGCUGCAGAACGAGGCUACAUCUGCCGCGCUGCGCAAGAAACACUCGGACUCGGCGGCCGAGCUGGGAGAGCAACUCGAUAACCUGCAGCGGGUCAAACAGAAACUGGAGAAGGAGAAGAGUGAGCUCAAACUGGAACUGGACGACGUCUCCUCCAACAUGGAGCAGGUCAUCAAAGCCAAGGUGAACCUGGAGAAGACAUUGCGAACCGUGGAAGACCAGAUGAAUGAAUACCGCAGCAAGUCUGAGGAAGGACAGAGGGCCCUCAAUGACUUUGCCACCAGCAAGGCCAAACUGCAGGCUGAGAACGGUGAGUUGCAGAGGCAGCUGGAGGAGAAGGAGGCACUAGUAUCACAGCUGACGCGAGGAAAGGCCUCCUACACACAACAGAUCGAGGACCUGAAGAGGCAACUCGAGGAGGAGCUGAAGGCGAAGAAUGCUCUAGCCCAUGCCCUCCAGUCUGCCCGACAUGACUGUGACCUGUUCCGGGAACAGUACGAGGAGGAGCAGGAGGCUAAGGGUGAGUUGCAGCGUACUCUGUCCAAGGCGAACUCCGAGGUGGCCGGCUGGAGGACCAAAUACGAGACUGACGCCAUCCAACGCACCGAGGAGCUGGAGGAGGCCAAGAAGAAGCUGGCCCAGAGGCUCCAGGAGGCUGAGGAACAGGUGGAAGCUGUCAACGCCAAAUGCUCCUCACUCGAGAAGACGAAACACCGGCUCCAGAACGAGAUCGAGGACCUGAUGGUCGACGUGGAGCGCUCGAACGCGGCUGCAGCCGCCCUCGACAAGAAGCAGAGGAACUUCGACAAGGUAAUGGCCGAGUGGAAACAGAAAUAUGAGGAGUCCCAGAGUGAGCUUGAGGCAGCGCAGAAGGACACUCGCUCCCUCAGCACAGAGCUGUUCAAACUGAAGAACGCCUACGAGGAGGCUCUGGACCAACUGGAGACUCUGAAGAGAGAGAACAAGAUCCUCCAAGGCCUUGUUCCCCUGGCACAGACACUGAGCUGCAAUCAGUCUUUCGCUGACACACUGACCCACCUGGACCUGAGUAAGAACGCUGGCAUGCUGGCUGGAGAUGAUGCUUCAGUGAGUUCAACAGCUCUCUCUCUCUCUCUGCGUGUACAGAAAACUGGAUGA